AUGGAGCACGGAGGCUCCAAGGAGAACACCAACGUCACUGUUGUGGCCAAGGCAAAGCUGGAGUGCGAGGCCGCCACCAAGGAGCUCGAGGUGGAGACCAAAUGUGCCAUGGAGAAAGUCGGACGCACCUUCCUCAAGGAGAAGAGGGAAGGAUCAACAUUGUCGGGGAUCCUAAGAUCAUGGAGCAAGUGA